AUGUUCUUCUCGUACAGUCAGCUCGCCAAAUGGCUUCGCUCUUUGACAGUGGUCGACAGACAGCUGGUGAAGAGUCUAAGGUAUGGCGAAGAAGUCGCGGAGAAUGGAGGGGUGCGCUCACGAGAGCAGAUGAAGAAGAUGCUUGAUGAUCAGCAUGCGAUAGAUCUCCAGUUGGUGGGCAUGGCAGAAGUCCGUGUGAUGCACCCUGGCGCGGAGAAGGGCUGGAGGUACAUGAAGUUGAAGGACAUCAUGAGUGCUGAGUAUGAAUCAGAGUAG